AUGAGUUGCAGACAGAUGGCCUCAUCUUUCUGGAGUCGCAGCAGCAGCAGCAGCAGCGGCUGUGUUGGCGGAGGAGGCAGAGGGGGCAGCGGGAGCAGCAUGCAGUCUUCUUUCAGUCGCUCCUCCAGGGCUGGUGGAGGAGGAGGUCGCUUUAGCUCUUCCAGUGGCUUUGGUGGGGGUGGCCUUGCGGCCUGUGGCAGUGGAGGUGGUGGCAGUUUUGGCUCCAGCUAUGGUGGAGGAGCUGGAGGGGGCUUUAGUACAGGGAGUUCCUGCAGUAUGUUUGGGGGAGGUUCUAAGGGCUUUGGUGGUAGCUCUGGAGGUGGCUUUGGUGGUGGCUUUGGUGGUGGCUCUGGAGGUGGCUUUGGUGGUGGUUCUGGAGGUGGCUUUGGUGGUGGUUCUGGAGGUGGCUUUGGUGGUGGCUCUGGAGGUGGAGAAGGUGGUAUUCUGAAUACCAAUGAGAAGGCCGUCAUGCAGAAUCUCAAUUCCCGCCUGGCUGCCUACAUGGAUAAAGUACAGGAACUGGAGGAGGCCAACACCUCCCUGGAGAAACAGAUCCAAGAAUGGUAUUCAAAGAAGGGGCCCAGAAUCUUCCAGAAGGACUACUCUCAUUUCUACAACACUAUUGAAGACCUGAAGGACAGGAUUGUGGAUCUCACAACAAGGAACAACAGAACACUCCUGGACAUAGACAACACUCGCAUGACUAUGGAUGACUUCAGAAUUAAGUUUGAGAUGGAGCAGACCCUGAGGCAAGGGGUGGAUGCUGAUAUUAAUGGCCUGCAGAAAGUGUUGGAAGGUAUGAAGAUGGAGAAAACUGAUCUGGAGAUACAGCUUGAUACCCUGGAUGAUGAGCUGAAGGCCCUUAAGAAGAAUCACCGGGAGGAGAUGAAGCAGCUGACGGGCCAGAAUGAUGGCGAUGUUAGUGUGGAGAUAAAUGUUGCCCCCAGCACAGAUCUCACCCAGAUCCUCAAUGACAUGCGCGAGGAGUACGAGCAACUCAUUUCUAAGAACCGCCAGGACAUUGAGCAACACUAUGAGUCCAAGAUGACCCAGAUUGAACAAGAAGUGACAAACAGUGGCCAAGAGAUGGAGAGCAACAUGAAGGAAGUGUCCCAGCUCCAGCACAGCAUCCAGGAGUUGGACAUCGAGCUGCAGACUCAGCUUAGCACGAAAUCGGCCCUGGAGAAGGCUUUGGAGGACACAAAGAACCGCUACUGUGGCCAGCUGCAACAGAUCCAAGAACAGAUCAGUCAGGUGGAGGCCCAGCUUGCUGAGGUCCGAGCCGAAACCGAGUGUCAGAACCAGGAAUACGGCAUUCUGCUAGGCAUCAAGACAAGGCUGGAAAAAGAAAUCGAGACUUACCACAACCUCCUUGAAGGCGGCCAGCAAGACUUUGAAUCUUGUGGUGCUGGACAAAUUGGCUUUGGAAGUGGCAAAGGAAGACAAAGAGGAAGUGGAGGCAGCUAUGGAGGAGGAAGUGGGGGCAGCUAUGGAGGAGGAAGUGGGGGCAGCUAUGGAGGAGGAAGUGGGGGCAGCUAUGGUGGAGGAAGUGGGGGCAGCUAUGGAGGAGGAAGUGGGGGCAGCUAUGGAGGAGGAAGUGGGGGCAGCUAUGGUGGAGGAAGUGGGGGCAGCCAAGGUGGAAAAAGUGGAGGCGGCCAUGGAGGAGGAAGUGGGGGCGGCCAUGGAGGAGGAAGUGGGGGCAGCCAAGGUGGAAAAAGUGGAGGUGGCCAGGGAGGAGGAAGUGGAGGCAGCUAUGGAGGAGGAAGCAGUUCUGGGGGAGGCAGUGGAGGAAGUUAUGGAGGAAGUGGAGGCAGCCAUGGUGGAGGAAGUGGUUCUGGAGGAGGAAGUGGAGGCGGCUAUGGUGGAGGAGAUAGACGGCCCUCUCAGUCCCAGUCCUCAAAAUCUGCUGACUGUGAUGAUGAAUCACAAGGCUACCAUAUGCGAUACUAG